AUGUCACUAACAACUGUUACAUUUUCUUCGAAGCUUACCACUAUUCCAUCAAAUUGUUUUUAUUCGUGCAGUUCACUCGCAACUAUCACUCUUCCUGAUAGUGUAAGAACAAUUGAAGACAGUGCAUUUAGCUGUACAAAUAUGGAAACUUUCACAUCAUCUUUAUCUCUGAAAUUUAAAAAUCGCGUUUUUGAUUUUUGUGAUAAACUUGUAUCUGUAAACUUAUCUAAUGUUCAAUCAAUUGGAAGAUCAUUAUUUUCUAGUUGUCAAGCACUUGAAAGUGUUGAAUUCUCAGGAAAUCUUGAUGAUAUCCCUUCUGAAACAUUUGAUGGACUUUCUGAACUUACCACUGUUGUUUUGCCACAAAAAAUUAAAUCUAUUGGUACUCAUGCAUUUAGAGGUUGUACUGCUCUAGAAUUUUUAUGUAUAAAUUCAGAGAUCGAAACGAUUGAAUCCGAAGCCUUUAUUGAAUCAGGUCUCAUUGAAUUUAACAAUCAAGGAAGUGUCAAAUCAAUCAAAAGUAACGCCUUCUCUGGUUGUGAACAAAAUCUUCAAACAGUUGUUAUCAAUAGCGGUCUAACUGCAAUUAAUGAAAGUACAUUUCAGAACUUCAACAAACUCCAUAUUGUUUUUUUACCUGAUAGUGUAGAAACAAUAGGAAACUUUGCAUUUCAAUUUACUGCUUUUACUAGUUUCACAAUUCCAAGAAGUCUUAAGUCAAUUGGAAAUAAUGCUUUCCAAGGAUGUCAAUUUACAACAUUAACUCUUCCUGAAGGAAUGACUGAAAUCGGUUCAUCUGCAUUUGAAUCCUGUAGCCAAUUUCAAAACAUCACACUUCCUGAUAGUUUAACAACAAUCAAUGAUGGUGCAUUUUAUAGUUGCAGAAGUUUAUUAAAUAUUUCAAUUCCUAACAGUGUUUUAUCGAUAGGAAGGUCAGCUUUUGAUUCCUGUUCGCGACUAACAAACGUAACCUUUUCUUCAAAUAUUACUACUAUCCCAUUAGAUUGUUUUCACUUGUGCCGAGCCCUUCCAAGUAUUAUUAUUCCUGAAAAUGUGAAAAUAAUUGAAAUAUCUGCAUUUGCUUAUUGUGAUAAUCUUGAAUCAGUAAUCUUUACUGGUGUUCAAUCAAUUGGAAUAGAAUUAUUUUUUUAUUGUCAAAAACUGGAAAGUGUAGAAUUAUCAGGAAAUCUCGAUGAUAUCCCUGAAAAUACAUUUUAUGGAUGUUCUAAACUUACUAAUGUUGUUUUUCCACAAAAGAUUAAAUCUAUUGGUUAUAAUGCAUUUAGAGGUUGUACUGCUCUUCAAUAUUUACGUAUAAAUUCAGAAAUCGAAAUAAUUGAAACAGAUGCUUUUAUGGAAUCAGGUCUCAUUGAAUUUAACAAUCAAGGAAGUGUCAAAUCACUUCAAAUCGCAGCUUUUGUUAUGUGUCCAGUGGAAAAAAUUGUAAUCAAUGGCGGAUUAACUGCUAUCGAUGAAUACGCAUUUAAUGGUUGUAAUACAAUCAAAACAGUUUCAUUGCCUGAUAGUGUAGAAACUAUCGGAAAUCAAGCAUUUAAGGGUACUAUUCUUGAAAGUUUUACAUUUCCAAGAAGUCUUAAGUCAAUUGGAGAUUUUGCUUUCCAAGGAUGUCAAUUAACAACAUUAACACUUCCUAAGGAAUGA